ACGCCAAGUGCGUUCACAUGUGAGAAUGGCGUUCACAUUUGCGGCGUUUUGCUACAUUUUAGCGCUGAUUUUAACGGCGGUUCUUAUCUUCUUUGCGAUAUUUCAUAUUAUUGCCUUUGAUGAGCUGAAGACAGAUUAUAAGAACCCUAUAGACCAGUGUAAUAGUCUAAACCCGCUCGUUCUGCCGGAGUAUGCAAUUCACAUAUUAUUCACGUUCCUGUUUGUCUGCUCAGCUCAGUUUGGCACAGUGAUAUUCAAUAUACCCCUCAUUGCCUAUCAUAUAAGAAGAUACAUUAACCGGCCAGUCAUGAGUGGCCCCGGCCUUUAUGACCCCACAUCUAUCAUGAAUGCUGAUGAGUUAAGCCGUGCCAUGAGGGAAGGAUGGGUAAAACUGGCCUUCUACCUAAUUUCUUUCUUCUAUUACCUGUAUAGGUGA